AUGUUACAACAUAACUUUAAAUCUGACCAAAGUGUAGACUUCGUCCGGCGACUCUUCCAAAUCCUACGUCACAGCAAAGAAAUCGAGAAUUUGUCAACAGUCUUGACCUCAAUGAAUAUUGGCGUGGUUCACUCCGAGAUUGAAGAAAUUGGAUGGGAACAUCUGGUGAGAUUAGCAGAAGAUCUAUCAUUGGUUACCUUUCGUGUCAUUGACAAGAAGGAAAGAGUUCACAUCUUAGAAAUCUCAUUCGACAAAUCUUAUCCAAACACCCCACCAUCAGUCUCAGCUGAUGUACCUUACAUAUUCAAUCUGCAAUGGUCAAAAAAUUCAAGACUCAAAGAUGUUGUAAACCAAUUCAAACAGCAUCUUGAGAGUCUUCAACAAUUUUGGUCAACGGUUGAAGAUAUUGACCAGUCUCUUUGUCUUUCUGAUUCAUCAAAUUUGCAUCGUGCCAUGUCACUCCGCCAUAUAAAUAUUGGAAAUGAUUGCUCUAUCAUAGUAUUAAUACAUGCAAAUGAGCCAAGAUCUUUACCAGAGUGUCGUUUUAUGGGGUCGAAUGAAAAUGUAAAUUCACUAAGGGACAAAUGGCGGAAGAAUUGCAAGAAAUGGAAAAAGGAAAAAACAUUUGGUGAAAAUUUAUCAAAUUUGUUGGAGAUUCAACUUCCAAAACCACAAGGUGUUGAGAAAAACGACCAACAAAUUGAAUGUGGGAUUUGUUAUUCACAAUUCCUUCCAAUAGAUGAUGAAUUUGGAGCUAAUAGUGGGGGCAAAACAGACUAUUCAUGUGAAAAUAGCAUAUGCAACAAGUCUUUUCAUAGUGUUUGCCUUGGAGAUUGGUUACGUUCCAUUACAACAACAAGACAAUCAUUUAAUGUCCUUUUUGGGAAUUGCCCGUAUUGCUCGGAACCCGUUGCAGUCAAAAUUGGCACAAGAAAAUAAAUUGUUUUGAUUUAUUUAUUAGGGAAAAAUGUAACAAAAAUGUAAGUACAUUGC